AUGGCUGCACAAAAUUUGCAGUUUCAGAGAAAUAUGGAUGCCACUGUCCAAGAUUUAAAGACUCAAAUUGGCCAGUUAGCAUCUCAGGUAAAUCAGUUUCAAUCUCAAGGUUCUGGCAAACUUCCCUCCCAAACAGUUUUAAAUCCAAAGGGGAAUGUGAGUGCCAUUACUUUGAGAAGUGGAAAAGAGUUACCACCAGUGCAGCAACAAUCAGUUGUAGCACCAGUGGAAUGUGAUUCUUCCUUUGCAGGUGCAGCUGAAAAUAAUGAUGGAGCAAAGAGGAGAUCAGAGAUUCCACUCCCCCUUCCAAAUAGACCAGCAAAGAAGAGAUUAGAAAUUGAUACUGAACUGCUAAAUAUGUUUAGCAAGGUGGAAGUUAACAUUCCUCUCCUUGAUGCCAUCCGAAAAAUUCCAAAAUAUGCAAAGUUCCUUAAGGAAUUAUGUACUAAUAAGAGGAAGUUAAAGGGUUAUGAGAGAGUGAACAUGGGAAGAAAUGGUUCUGCAUUACUCCAGAAGAAAAAUGUGUCUGCCAUUAUUCCACAUGAUCUACUUCCUGAUUUGCCACAAAAGUGCAAAGAUCUAGGAACUUUUACUAUCCCUUGUACUAUAGGAGAAGAAAUUUUUACUAAUGCUAUGCUAGAUCUAGGUGCUUCAAUAAAUGUUAUGCCUGCAUCUGUUUUUAGAUCAUUGCAGAUUGGAGACUUGAUUCCUACAGGUGUGAGCAUUCAGUUGGCAAACAAGAGCAUUGUGCAGCCACUUGGGGUAGUGGAGGAUGUGCUGGUCAAAGUAGAAGAUCUUCUCUUCCCUGCAGACUUCUACAUUCUUGAGAUGGAGGAUGAGUCAUCCAGUCAUGCUACAUUGAUCCUUGGGAGACCAUUCCUAAGGAUAGCAAGGACAAAGAUAGAUGUGCAUGCAGGGACUCUUUCUAUGGAGUUUGGAGAUAAUUUGGUGCAAUUUAAUAUUUUUGAGGCUAUGAGAUAUCCAAUAAAAGACCAUUCUAUUUUUAUUUUGGAUGUUAUUGAUUUAUUAGUUGAUGAUUGCACAGAUUUUGAUGAUGAUCUACUUGCUAAUUUUUCUGAUUUUACUGACCCAUCAUGUACUUGUGAUGAUGAUUCAUCUAUGUGUGCUAUUUGUGCAGAAAUUAGUGUUGCUAUUUCAGGUACAACAGAUUUAGCCACAUCAGUAGAUGUUUCACCACCAGCAUCCGAGACAUCAUCUCCAUCUCUACCUUCUUCAUUGUCAGUACCAUCCACUGUGCAGACACCAUUAGUAGAGUUAAAGCCUUUACCUUCACAUUUGAAGUAUGCUUAUUUAGAGGACAAUCAAGGGAUUCCUGUCAUUAUAGCUAGCAUUCUUGAAUCUGAUCAAGAGGAGAGACUGUUGCAGGUUUUGAGAGACCAUAGGAAAGCCAUUGGUUGGACUCUUGCUGACCUUCCCGGGAUUAGUCCUGCCAUAUGCAUGCACCGGAUUCUACUGGAGGAUGAGUUCCGACCUGUGAGGCAACCACAGAGAAGACUCAAUCCUACUAUUUUAGAUGUGGUGAAGAAAGAGGUCACAAAGUUAUUGGCAGCAG